CCCCAUUCCCAAGGGAGGGGUUGAAGUGUGCGUAAUUUAAGUGGCCGCAUCAGGAUGCCGUGCACCAGAUGCGUCUUUUUGUCUUCGGACACCAAGACGGGAAUGUCUACAGCCCCUAACACCUCCGUAUCCAGCCGAAGCCCGCCGGCUCACCAGUUUGUGCAGCCGGCAUGGCGAGUAUUUCUGUGGGCCCUGGUUUACUGCGCCGUCCUCGGCGUGGCUCUGCUGGGCAACGCGGUGGUCAUCUGGAUCGUCUUGGCGCACAAGCGGAUGAGGACAGUCACCAACUAUUUUCUGCUCAAUUUGGCGGUGUGCGACGCGUCCACGGCCGCCUUCAACACGCUGGUCAACUUCAUCUACGCGACACACGGAGAGUGGUACUUCGGGGCGCUCUACUGCACCUUCCACAACUUGUUCCCGGUCACGACGGUGUUCGCCAGUAUUUACACCAUGACCGCGAUUGCUAUUGACAGGUACAUGGCCAUCAUCCAUCCCCUAAAGCCUCGUCUAUCAGCCAAAGCCACUCUGGCCGUGAUCGUGACCAUCUGGAGUCUGGCCCUCGUCCUGGCCUUCCCCCUCGGCUAUUUCUCCACAACAAGAGCCUUGCCUCGUAGGACUCUGUGCUACGUGGCCUGGCCCCGCAUGGCCGACGACCCCUUCAUGUACCACAUCAUCCUGACUGUCCUGGUGUAUGUGGUGCCUUUAGUGGUGAUGGCCAUCACUUAUUCCAUCAUUGGUGUGACCCUGUGGGGAGGAGAGAUCCCCGGAGACACAUCGGAUAACUACCAUGGACAGCUGCGGGCAAAAAGGAAGAUUGUGAAGAUGAUGAUGGUCGUGGUGGUGACCUUUGCCUUCUGCUGGCUGCCCUAUCACAUGUACUUCAUAGUGACGGGCCUCAACAGACGUCUGAGCAAGUGGAAGUCUAUCCAGCAGGUCUACCUGGCAGUGCUGUGGCUGGCCAUGAGCUCCACCAUGUACAACCCUAUCAUCUACUGCUGCCUCAAUAGCAAGUUUCGAGCUGGCUUCAAGCGUGUUUUCCGCUGGUGUCCAUUCAUCCGAGUGACCAGCUACGAUGAGCUGGAGCUCCAGAACAGACGGCGCCGCCCGGGUCCCCAGAGCAGCAUGUGCACUCUGUCUCGCGUCAACACCAGCAUCCUCAGCAAGGACAAGAGUGUGCGCUCGCAUGGUAAUACACGUAGGUCCAAGUGUAAAUUGCAGUCUGAUAAUGACUUGUCGAAUGUUUGAGCCAUCCUAAAAGUCAAUGUAAAAUAUACCUCUUCACAAAAAACCUUUUAGGAUCCAAAAUAGGUGAAUAGGUAAAACUAGCCCCUUUUUGUGUUUUGAUGACUUCGGUGCUUAAAAGGUAUAGUCCGCAUGUUUCAUGAAAACCCGAAAAGUUGAAGUGAUUAAGCCACAAAUUUAUUUGCAUUUUUGUUAUAAUGGCACACUUUAGUAAAGUGUUGCAAAGUUGUUGUAGUGAACGUUUAACAGACUUCAGGUUAGUAAGUUAACAACUCUGAGUGAAGUAGAUACUGUAAAUAAAGUGUCUCUCAGAUUAAUGUUUUAUUUGCCUUUAAUUUAACAUGAGCCUACCAUGAAAGUAAAAUUAAAAUAAGUCAAAUAAGUCUGUUAUUUUUUAUUGUACGACAAAUUGAAUCAUUUAUUAUUUGUGCUCGUUAAAAUAAAAUACAUGGGAAGAGGAGAAAAAUCAUUCAUCCCUUCAUGAAAACCAAUAAGCAUUUUAGCAAACAAUAUUUCUGAUGGUAGCAAUCAAACUUGAACAAUAUUACAAUUGCAAAAGUCAGUUGAUGUUGCUGAAAUCCUUUAAAAACAAUAUUAGCGAUCAA